UUGGUAGGACCAUAGUUCAAUUCAGUGCAGCUUCAAGAAACAAGCUCCAAACAAACUUUCAAAAAUGAAAUUCUUCGUCGUUGUUCUGGCCCUUUUCGCCGUGGCCGCCGCCCGUCCUCAGGAGGACAAGUACACCACCAAGUACGACAGUAUCGACAUCGAUGAGAUCCUGAAGUCGGACCGUCUGUUCAAGAACUACUACAACUGUCUGUUGGAUACGGGAGCGUGCACUCCGGAAGGCAACGAGCUAAAGCGUGUCCUGCCCGAUGCCCUGGAGAACAACUGCUCGAAGUGUAGCGAGAAACAGCAAAUGUCCAGCACCAAGAUCAUCAAGUUCCUGACCGAGAACAAGCCCGAAGAAUGGGUCGCUCUGAAGGCCAAGUACGAUCCGGAUAACAAGUACGUCGAAAAGUAUGUGGCUGAUGCCGGUAAGGAUGGAAUCAAGCUGUAAAUGAGCAGGAAGCGAAACAUCACCAAAAACUAGCCAAGUUCAAAAAAAUUUCAAAUAUUCCAUAAUUUUGUCAAUGUGACAAUGUGAUACGAAAACCGUUAAAAUAAAUUCUCGAAAAAUGA